UUUAACUACAUCUAAGCAUCUCUGAUCAUCGUUGUUGUAAUGACGAAUUUAUAAAGCUCAAUUAGACCAAAGCCAAUCCAAUACAAGAAGAUGUGUUAUUUAUUAAUUAAAACUAACUUUUUCUUUUUUGCAGAAGUAGAGAGCACACAAGGAUGAGACAUUGGAAGCCUUUGCAAGAAGGUGAUAUACUCAAUGUUAAUAUAACAGUUUAUCUUAAUGGCUAUCACGACGAUUGCUCAGUCAUGUUUCAAUGUUUUGGUGAGGUACAUUUUGAAGGCAAACGAUUGGUAAUAAUCACAGAAUUGUGUUUAAAGUCAGCUAUUGAAAUAUGCAAAUCAAAUGAAUAUUUCUGCAAUAUUGGUAAUGUAAUAGAAGAGACAACAAAUAAACACAAUUUGAAUGUAAUACCUGCACUUUUGGGUCGUGGUAUCGGAACUUACUUUCAUGGUGCUCCAGACAUUUAUCACUUCGCAAAUGAUUUUUCUGACAAAAUAAAACCAGAUAUGACAUUUACUAUUGAACCAGCUUUAAGUCAAGGAACAACGCAGAUUGAAAUUCUGGAAGAUGGAUAGACAACUUGUACUAUUGAUAAUUUUAGGACAGCUCAAGUUGAACAUACAAUUUUAAUAACAGAUACUGGAUGCAAAGUGCUAACACUUUAAUGUACAAUCAAUAUUAUUGCUAUUUUAUAUAAAAAGUACCUAUGAAAUAUAUUAUUUUUAGCAUACAUAAAUUAAUUUGCACAUAUGCGUUUUAAUCUUACAAGUACUAUCUUGUGUUUUUAUAUGUAAAAAUAAAAGUUAGGUAAAAUUUAUGUCUGUUAGAAUGAAGAUUAUCAAUACGGUUACCAGAAUCAAUAUUUUCUUAGUCUUUUGUACAUGUAAUGCAAAUAAAUAUAUAAUUGAAAACU